UCUCAAUCAAGACCUCGGUGGUUGUGCUUUGUUUACCUAAAUGCAAUGCCACUGUUUAUUUACCAUAGAAACAACUAACCCUCUCCUCUUUUUCUGAUUCUGAGUUUCUGAAGUUAUAUCCUGGUUUGAUACUUUAUAUAUAGGGAAUCCCCAGGGCCUUAUGCACCUUUCUGCUCCUCAUAUCUCUUGAACUCCAAAUCAUAGAAUUCCGCACCCAUCUCCGUAUAUUUCCUUUCUUGCACUUUUGUUCCCUUCAACUCUUCUCUUCGCCCCCUCUACUCCCACAAACAGCCAAUGGACGAGAACCGUAGGAGGAGCGGACAAAUUCCGGCGUUCGGGGACUGGGAUUACACAAACAACUUGCCAAUCACUCAGUACUUCGAGUGUGCGAGGCAGGCCGGUUUGAUUCGACACAGUUCUUCCUCCGGAGACUCUGAUCCCAGCGUGGGUGGUGACUUGUACGCCGUCCAUUUCAAGAAAUCUUCUCGUACUACUGUUCUUUCUCCACCCCGCAAGAAAAGGGGAUCAAAAGAAAGGCGAUAUUGCCCGCACGUUAAGGAGCAGAAAAGGGUAGGGAAGGUGUGUGACGUGACGGAACCGGCAAGGAAACCUAGUCGGCAGCUGCCACCCCGUAGAGUAAUCUCUGCGGAUGUCAGGCCCCCAAAACCUGUUGACGAGGAUCUCUACAAAAUCCCUCCCGAGCUCCAAACUUCCAAGCAGAAAAAAAUGCUGGGGUUCUUUUCAAGAUGCCUUGUACCGGCUUGUUCGGCAUGAAUUUUGAGUGUUCCAUGCAUAUUGCUUCGAUCUGCCUAAUUACUAUGCAAAUGGAUGCGUGCAUUGGUGCUUUGACGGUAGAUGAAACCAGACGAGUUAUAGAUUGAAGAACUGAUCAUCUAUUUUAACAUAUUAGCUAGAAAUCACGCCAUCCUCUUUCAACUCGCAAAUCUUAGUACUCGUCUUUCAUACAUUGGAGUCUUACAUAUUUAUCUACAGUUGUCUGAAGUGCAUGUAAAAAUUUUAAGGACCACAAACUGGCCAAUUGUUUCUUUUACUUCAACGUGAAUUGUUUUUCUA